UAUUAUAGAAAUAUUAAUAUAUUUAGAUAUUUUCCUACGUAUCCAAAUUUUACGAUAUUUUCUAAUUUCUUCGAUGGAAAGUUCAAUAUCGUAAUACGUUAUUUUUCCGAUACAUUGUGCUUCAAACGUAUUCCGCCUCGAUGUACGUUUGACGAACGUAUUAUAUUAACAGCGGGUCGUCACGCUCGUUUCAUCAUAGGCAUUGAUCAUCGGAAGAGACGAAAAAUAUUUUAUUGUUUUGUCUUUGCCGCAAUUACCUUAACCGAAAAUCAGUCUUAAAACUCUUGUCUUCCUCUUUUUUCUCAUUCCUUAAAUAAGCCUAUUUUUAGAUAAGUGGAUUAAAAUUGUGAUACGUAUUAAGGAAGCGUUAAACGUUAAAAGUCUGCGCCGACGUGUAUAUUUUCGCACUCAUCGACGGCAUGAAAUGAGGAGUUACUUUUUUUAUAACGAUUUAAAUUCUACCAAUAGUUUUGCAAAUCUUACAAUUGUUUAUACUUCGAAAGAUGCUGUGUCGUGAUGGAAAAUUGAGUUUGUUUUUCUUUUGUAUAUCUCUUAUUUUUGCAAUCCUACCGGAAUUACUUUUGAGGUUAGAAUGCGAUAUUUUAAGCGAAUAUUUUCAAAAUACCAUGUUCGUGCACUCUCUUCAAUAUGGUUUUUUGAAUUUCACAUUAUUCCUUGCCUUCCAUGGAUUUGAAUAUCAGGUCGCAGUGAGAUCCACGUUUUUGGGAUACGUAGUUGGUAUUGCAAUUACGAUAUUUUCUACUGCUUCACCCUCCUGGCGAAUGUUUGGCGUUUAUAUGGCAGUAAUAGCUAUAUUCCAUUAUACCGAAUUUUUAGCUAUAGCGUGGACAAAUCCGUCUACCUUGUCUAUAGAUAGUUUUGUUCUUAAUCACAGUAUCUCGUAUGGCAUAGCCGCGUGUUCUAGUUGGAUUGAAUUUAUUGUAGAAAGAUACUACUUCCCAGAUAUGAAAAAGGCCUCCUCCAUUUCCUAUGUCGGCUUAAUAUUAUCCAUAUUGGGAGAAUUAUUAAGAAAAAGCGCUAUAUUUACGGCUAAACAUAAUUUUAAUCAUAUUGUGCAAAGUGCAAAGAAGAGAAAUCACGAAUUAAUAACGCAUGGCAUUUAUGGAAUAUUUAGACAUCCGAGUUAUGUCGGAUGGUUUUAUUGGGCCAUUGGAACUCAGUUGAUACUCCAAAAUCCAUUUUGCAUUUUGGGAUACGCGGUUGCUUCUUGGAGAUUCUUCCACGAUCGUAUUCUUAUAGAAGAAAUAACGUUGUUGAAUUUUUUUGGCGAAGCAUACGUUGAAUACCAAGGAAAAGUACCUACUGGACUACCAUUUAUAUCUGGCUAUAAAACCGACUUAUAGCAAGCUAUAGAUGUUUAAUCAAACUGCAUUUUCGGACAUCAAUGACACGUCGAUUUUAUAAUACUUUUGUCUCAAUAGUCAUUUGUGUAUAUAGUAUGCUGAUAUAACUUUAUUUUUUCUUUCUCUUAUUUUUCUUAUGUAAAUAUAAUACUCUUUAUAUUAUUUUUCUUAUAUAUAUAAUUUAUUUAUUCAAUUAGUAAUAAAAUGUCAAACGAACGACUUUGCGGAAAUUUCUAUGAGAUUUGUUGCAAGUUAAAAUUCCAACGUUUAAUAACGUUAAUUAACACGAGGAUGCAAUAAACUGAUCUUUCUUAACAAAAUUAUAUUUAUUGUCUCUCACACACACACACACACCCAUCCACCUGUAUAUAUAUAUAUAUAUAUAUAUUUGUAAUAUUAUUUUUUAACAACGCAAGCUACAUUUUAAUCAUGUUAUGUACUUUCAAUUUAUAACUUUACAUGCGUAAUACAUCAUGCAAGUCAUAUUAGCAUUUGCAUUGACAUUAAUAAGCAUUUCCUCAGUGUUAAAUUAUGCCGUAAACUGUGUUAAAUUGUAAUUGCGUGUUAAAUUUUUUAUACAUAGAUUAUUCAAUCGGAGGAUUAAAAUAUCUUGUGUUGAUGAUGUAGAAAGAUAACAUACAAUGAUAUCUCAUAUUAGUCCAUUCUGAGAUUUAUGUUCUAAGCUAUUGCAAAAGAAUUUUAUUUAUUAUACAUAAAAUAAUGGUGAUAUACAGAUUUAUGAGGGAAUAAUAAAAUAGAUCAUUGUUAAUUAACGUUAGACAGAGAGAGAUCAUAGACUUUUUGGCCUAUCUCUGUUUCAGCAAGAUAUUUGAUUAAAAUUAGAAUUCUUGUUUAGAACUAUAGAAUAUAUCUGUGAAUUGUAAGAAUAUAUUAUUAAUUACAAGAGUAAAUAAUCCACUUUUAUUUUUAUGCACACGUUGCAAUAUAUUCUAUAUCAAUACAAUAUUUGCAACAUGUUUUACUAGCACCAAUCGUAACUAUUAUAUUAAAUGUUCUAGAAGUAACUUGCAUUAUAUAAACUGCGACCUUUCCAAUUUCUUGAUAAAAAAUAGUACAUAUUAAUUAUUAAAAUUUCAUCUUUUAGCUGAAAUUUUAUCUAUCGAAACUUUUUUCGUCGCGCUUAUUUUAACAAAAUUCAUUAAUUUCAUUGUAUAACAAUUGAUAUUAGUUUGCUAUAGUACGAAAGUAGUCACAAUUAAAAGAUGUAAUUGCAAAAACAAGUUUUGAUGUUAUUCAUUCGCUACUUGUUCGAUCAAAUCGUGAUAUAUUUCAAUUAACUUAUAAUAUUACUAAUAUUUAUUGUUAAGUUUCAUUAAUAUCAUUGUUAAAUCAUUAUUAUCGUCGCCAUUUUAAAUUGCAAAAUUUACAAAAGCGUGUAAAAACAAAGUUUCCUCGCUAAAGAUUUUCUCUCGACGUGUUUUGCCUAAAAAAAUAUAUAAGCUUGAUUCUUAUGUAAUAAGUUGCCUCAUAAACUUAUCCUUUAAAUAUUUCCUUCAUUGUUAAACGAUAUUGUAAACAAAUUUUACAAAUUGUGACUUUUUUCAUAGAUCAUUGUUACAAUUUUUUAAAAGAAUUUAUAUCCACUGUUAACUGCUGUUAUUAGUUCUAAGCUCUAAAAAAUAAGACCAUGGCAGUGAAAAAUUAUAUGUUAUCAUAUUUUAACACUCUUUCCUUUCUCUUUUCUCAAUUACUAUGGCAGCUCUAGAAAUAUAUUUUAAAUGUAAAAUGGAAAAUAUUACAAAUACAUGUGUGUGUGUGUGUGUGUAUAUAUAUAUAUAUAUUAAAAAGUAUAAAGUAAACGAAACUAUAGUGAAUAUAAUUGUUCUGACAGUGUUAAUAAUAAUGAACUAUCUACAAAGUAGAGAACAAUAUAACAUUUCUGAAUGGAAACAUUUUCAAUGGUAGAAAUAAAAGAUUAUUCUGUUAGAAAGUUUGUAAGUAAUCAAGUAAUUGUUACUAGUUUGUAAUAACAUCACUGGGAAUGAUUGUCAACAUAAAAUACUUGAACAAAAGUCA